UCGUGAGCAAAAGAGACAUUGGCAGUACCCCAUGAACCACCAGGUCGUUCUAAUGAUGAUCCGUCUCAAUCAUCCGUAAGCUCUUCAAUUCGACUACCACUGCCACUCCUACCACUAUUCGCCCCCCAAAAGGAAUUCAACCACCCCAAUUGCGCUCUACGUGCACCCGACUCAACCCUUCCACUCGCGAAAAAAUCACGGGAAAGUGCCGCCAAGUCCCGUGAACCCGCGCAGUCUCACUCUGAACUGCAUUAAACGCAGCAUCAUACGAAUCGAAUUCAUCUCUGAUCAAUCGACGAUGGUUGGGACCGAUACGAGCAUACGUGCUGGCGUAAACAUCCCCAUUGCCACCGAAAGUGAGAGUGUGUUGGCCACCGGAGAAGUGUGCACGAUGGGAAUUGGGACGGUAGGGCAUGAUUGCCGCGCGUCCUGAUCUCUCGACCACGGCAUAUGUAGAAUUGGCUCGUCGGAUUUGAGCGUCGCUGAUAUGCGCUCGGGAGAGAGCUAAGGCGACUUCGUCUUUGAGUCGGUCGGUUACGGAGAUACCGUAUCUGCGGGCGGCACGUCGAAGUUCGCUGUCGAGGAACUUGUUGCAAAGAUCUUUUUUACGGGAGAGGGGAGCCAUAUUGAAUUUGGGUGCUGGAGAGUUGAGGUGGCGAAGAAAAGCGAUGGGUUAUUUAUACUCCGUGGGUGCCUACAUCGGGGCUGGCUGCAAGCAUAGAUUUGUUUUCCUUUUUUCAUUUAGAUAUCCCACCCACUAGUAGUUGCUUGUGUGACGCGUCCGAAGGUCCAAGAUAUCUUGGAUAUCCGAAGAUAUCCUGUCGAUGAAAAUCAGCGACAGCGAUUCAGCAUAGUAGCACUAAUUCAAUUUUUUUUAUCAUUUCAUACCAUCUCGCAUCCCAGCAUGUCAGCCAAACAUGGAUCGCAGAAAUCUCUAAUGUGCGCACAAUUCCUAUAAAAGCACCCCUUCUAAAAGAUUCACUCUCACGCAAACUACCCAACAUGUGCAAACGCCAAAAAUACACCAAUCGUCAAUUGAAGACAUACGAGCGUGCGGAUGGUAGCCAAUACUACGUAGAUUGUGGGAUUCGUAAAACGGUACGCAGCAACCAACGGGUCGUGACCAAAGUCGCCAAGACCAUCGGUUGUUGUCGCGGGAGUGACGGCCGUACUGGGAAAUUGGUCGUUCGAGCUGGGCAGGAUAAAUGCCACAUCAUCUCCCGCAAAAAUGGCGGAAGUGACCAUCCCAACAACCUAUACGCUUGCUCAUCCUCCGUUAACCGCUCUCGCCAGCACCGUUUCGACCAUCUCAACUGCCGUGACGUUGGCAAGGAGCGUUGCGUUAAGGCGAUUGUGGCUAGUCGUGUUACAGGGUGCAAGACAACGUAUGCGCAAUUAAUGAGGGAGAGUCGUCGUUCAUAGGGUAACGUAGUGUAGUCCGACGCUCUUUGAUUCUUUGCCUGAAAUAAACUUGAUGUUCGUUUGUACUGGUAUCCAUGCAUGACUUUACCAUAAACAUUGCAC